CUCUUCCCCUUCAUCGCUUGAUUCCUUAAAGCGAUCUAUCUCCACCAUCUCUCUCCUGUCCUGAUCGCCUUUGCGGUCGGAAUACUAUACAUCUCCCUCGCUCUACAACUUCCAUUUAUACCAAUAUCUGUGCCUUUGCCUUUGCCUUUGCCUUUGCCUUUGCCUGCGCCGUUGCCAUCGCCUGGUUGGCUUUAUUUAAAGGACAGCUGUCCCGAUAACCCCUCCAUCUUAAGCUACCACGAAGCUUGAAAACAAGUCGGAAAUAUUACAAUAGUUAAAACACCACCCGAUGCCUAUCGAACAACAUCCGGCUGGGCGGGCUCGCUAUGGUGGAUUGAGACAGUGGUUACGGAUAUGCUCCUUCACCAUUUACUUUGGUGGAUGUAUGCUUGUACUUCACUUGACCCAGAUCCUCGGAUUGCUACUCUAUCCUUUUGAUCGACCGCUUUAUUAUGCCUACAUUGCCAAAACUAAGGCGAACUUUGGUGUUCUUGUCACAACGAUAACACAGUGGUGGUCGCCGACUGUUGUUCGUGUUACCGGCGACAAGAGUGUUCGACACCAACUGAAAAGGACUCCCGGUGGGCGGCUCGAGUGCGAAUUUCCAGACCGUAUGGUGUUGAUCGCCAAUCAUCAGCUCUAUUCCGACUGGUUGUAUCUUUGGUGGAUAGCCUACACUGCUCGUAUGCAUGGGUUUUUUUACAUAAUCCUAAAGGAAUCCUUGAAAUAUGUACCUGUGAUUGGACCAGGCAUGCAGUUCUUUGGAUUUAUCUUUCUCGCCCGGAAAUGGGAGCAGGACAAACCUAGAUUUGUUCACCGCCUUUCAAAGCUUGCUGCCGGUGGAGGAGUGGAACCUAUGUGGCUCCUUAUGUUUCCGGAAGGAACGAAUUUGAGCGAUAACGGCAGAAAGACAAGUUCCAAGUAUGCUGAGAAGAUAAGUGUGGAGGAUUUGAAACAUUUAAUGCUUCCUAGAUCAACUGGCCUGAGGUUUUGCCUGGAGAAUUUGGGAAAGAGUGUGGAAUGGGUGUAUGAUUGCACUGUAGCUUAUGAGGGCGUGCCUCGGGGAAAGUUUGGACAAGACUUCUUUACCUUAAACUCAACUUAUUUUGAAGGCAGACCUCCCAAAUCAGUCAAUAUGCAUUGGAGACGAUUUGCUGUUUCCUCGAUCCCCGUUUCAGAUGUAGCUGAAUUUGAUGCAUGGUUGACCCUGCGGUGGCGAGAAAAAGAUGAUCUCCUGGAAUACUAUCUGGAGAAUGGACGAUUCCCCGAGGACGAAGAUGAAAAGCAAGGUAAUGGCAACAUCCAUGCGGUCAAAUCCGUGAGUGAGGAUGCAUCCAAAGCACAACGGAGGGUGAAGGUUAGGGAGCAACAACACAGAAUUAUAACAGGUGGAGGAAGCACUGCAGCUGGAGGAUGGGGGGGUCCCAUCGAAACAGAAGUCAAGUUGGGGGACUGGUGGGAAGUGUUUGAUAUGUUCAAAGUUCUUAUGACUUUUGCUUUAUUCGCCAAUGUGUUUUUCAAGUUGUAUGCUAUUGCCCAACCCUUUGGGCCACGAUGGUCAUCAUCCCUUUCACCGAACAGCCCCCCAGAGGCAAAAUAGAUGUAGAGAUUACACCUCAACCGCUAUAAACGCAAGAACUCCACCCUUUAAUAAAGCCCUACAAGAUUUUUGUUAUCGCUGCCGGGCUGUCGUCAUCCCGACGUUUUCCUUAGAUCGUAUUGUUUCUCUGGCGUUUCUUUGGAAAUUGGUGGCACGUGUAUUUUAAUUUUAACUGUUUUUCUCUCGA